CAGUAUCAAUACGCCCAAACCUCCAUCUCAGACAUUCCAAGGGUAUUCCGAGCCGUCCCAAUGUCCAAUUCUCCGUCGUUGGUUAUGAAUAUGGCCAACGUCAUGGAUGAGAGGAAGUUCCAGCCUUCGGGAACGCCCGAGCACCAUCAGAUGCACCAGCACCAGCACCCACACCAGCAUCAACAUCAGCACCAGCACCAGCACCAACACCAACAGCCGCACGCUCACCAGGGACUACCGCAUCCUCAGCUUGUUGCAGCCAUCGACCGAUCCAAUUCGCCGCACGGCUCAGAAAGCUCACAUUACUCGGCUCCUCGCAAUGGCGGUGCACUGGAGAGUCUGAAUGGAAUGGGCAAUGCCAGACCCUACGGCUCACCUACCUCCAUGCAGGCGCCUCUGCCUAUGCCGGACCCAAACAUCCCCCCGGGCAUGAUGAUCCCCGGCAUGCCUCCUAUGCCCACUGCCGGCCAAGGAAUGCCUGUGUACACCCACACCCCACCGCCCAAGACCGAGAACCCACCCCCAGUAAAAGCGUACCCUUGCAGCACCUGUGGUAAAGGAUUCGCACGUCGCAGCGAUCUUGCAAGGCACGAAAGAAUCCACAGCGGUCAUAGACCCCACGUCUGCGAUUACCCUGGAUGUGGCAAGCAAUUCAUUCAGCGGUCUGCUCUCACGGUCCAUCAACGAGUUCAUACUGGCGAAAAACCUCACAUGUGUGAACGCUGCGGCAAGGUAUGUCAAAAUCAACUGCCCCACUAGUCCCGAUGACACGUUUUGCUAAUCUUGACCGUACGUACAGCCUUUCAGCGACAGCAGCUCA